AUGACAAGAAAAACAACUAAAAAGCAAAAGGAUAAUGAUAUUAGACCAGUAAGCCAAGAGGAGUUUGACAAAGUGAUAAAAGCCUUGUUAAAUUCUCCACCUAGGAAAAAGAGGAAAGGAGGGAAAUAUGGGGGUGUGGACUCAGCCGUGGCAGCUCUUCUUUUAAAAAAACAAGGCUACAGAAUAAAGGCUAUUUUUAUGCAAAAUUGGGAUGAUUAUCUGGGCGGGCAAGAGACUAAUAUUUACGAAGUGUUCGCUAAUUUCCUCCGAGAAUUAAAAAAAGGCUUAACCCCCAAUCCUGAUAUUUUGUGUAAUAGCACAAUUAAAUUUCAUUAUUUUGUGGAAUAUGUGAAAAAAAAUUUUGCGGCCGAUUUUAUUGCUACUGGUCAUUAUGCUAAAAUAGUUCGGGAAAACGGAGAUUAUUAUUUAAGCAAACCCCAAGACAAAAACAAAGAUCAAACCUAUUUUCUGUGCCAAAUUGACCGCGAUUUACUAGGCAAAAUAAUUUUUCCCCUAGCCGAUUUGACUAAAAAUGAAGUCCGCCAAAUUGCCAAAGGAACUGGAUUAAUUAACGCCCAAAAAAAAGACUCAACUGGCAUCUGUUUUAUUGGAGAACGAAAAUUUGAAAGUUUUUUGACUAAUUACUUCCCAAAGAAAGAGGGAAAAAUAAUCAAUGUUGACAGCCAAGAGAGCAUUGGCCAGCAUUACGGAACUCCUUACUUUACUAUCGGACAACGACGCAAUUUAGGGCUGCCGGGGCAAAAAAGGCCUCAUUACGUAGUGGGGAAAAACCCUGAAAAAAAUGUGCUCUAUGUAGCAGAGGAAAAAUUAAAAAAGUGUCUGAAUAGUCAAAAAAUAACGGCUAAAUUUCGUUAUCGCCAACCGGAAAUUGCGGUCAAAAUUAUUUCAUUGGUCGAUUUUCGAGAGUUAAAAGUGGAAUUUUCUGAAAAACAAAGAGCCAUUACCCCCGGGCA